CCAAAUGCGAGACUCGAACACUGAAUACAACUCAAAACCUCAGUUUCAUUGCUGGCACAAAAACAAAACAUGAAAUGAACACUAGGGAUGUAAGAAAAUAUCGAUACAACGAAAUAUCGCGAUACUGAUACUGAAUCGAUAUUCAAAAUCAGUGUUAUCGAUUUUUUUUUUAAUGAAAAAUUACAUGCACUUACUGUUUUUACUUUUGUAUGUUGCAAUUCAAACUCUGGCCACUGGUUUGCAGUUGUUACCGCCUUUACUUUGACGUAAAAACAAGGUCUCGCGAUAACUGUAGAAGCGUCUAGUUUGCCAAAAUCAACGAAGUAGAACAGUGGAUGUGUAGCCAAUUGUGCUAGCUAACUGAUGACUGAAGAGGAGAGGAUACAGCCGCCCCCCACAGCUUUCAAAGCUGAUGUGUGGACUUAUUUUGGAUUUAGGACAAAAGAAGGUGGUAAAGACUAUGACAAGAGCUAUGCAGUCUGUAAAAUCUGCACCGCCAGAGUCAAAUAUUCCGGUAACACAACAAAUUUACGAACACACGUGUCUAGACACCAUAGCGACGUAGCAUCAAAUGCUAAUUUUAAAACGAAAUGAGGUGACCCCGCUCAACGGACAAUUGAAGAAGUUAACUUUUCGAAACUACCAGCAACUUCAACUCGUGCAACAAAAAUAACGCAGUCAGUACUUGUUUUUAUUUGCAAAGACAUGCGCCCUCUGAGUGUUGUGGAGAAUAAAGGAUUUCGUAAUAUGAUUAAAACGCUGGAGCCCCGUUACACCGUUCCUUCCCGACAACACAUCACGGACAUCGCUCUGCCAAAGUUGUACCAAGAAGUCAAAGCGACAGUGCUGGACUCCCUCAGCUCGGCAGAGACAGUUGCUUUGACAUGCGACGCUUGGACUUCGAGAGCCACUGAAUCGUACGUAACUGUUACAGCACAUCACAUAACGGACCAGUGGAACCUUCAGUCUCAUGUACUACAAACCCGAGCCAUGCAUGACAGUCACACAGGUGAGCACAUUGCAGCGUUACUAACUGAUGCUGUGGCUGAAUGGGGAUUGAACACAAAGGACCUUGUUGUUGUUACCGAUAAUGCACCAAACAUGGCUCUCGCAGCUAGACUUGCAGGCAUGACGCACAUACAAUGUUUUGCACACAGUCUGAAUCUCGCCUCACAGAAAGCACUGAAAAUACAAUCCGUGGUGCGACUUCUCGGGAGGAUCCGACGUGUAACAGCCUUUUUCAGGCGCAGCACCACAGCCAGCAAUCAGUUGAAGCAGAAACAGUGCCUCCUUCAGCUACCAGCUCACAGAUUGAUCACGGACAUAAUUACAAGAUGGAACAGCUCCUAUGACAUGAUAGAACGAUUUUUAGAACAGCAACCAGCCAUCUGUGCAGCUCUGCUUUCUGCAGAAGUUAGGAAGAGUGAAAAAGAAAUUUUCACAUUAAGUGAGUCUGACAUCACAUGUGCAGAAGAAGUUGUCAGGGCACUCAAGCCUAUGAAGGACCCCACCCUGGUGAUGUCAGAGGAGAGCAUGCCAACCCUGUCCAUCAUUGCUCCUCUUCAUGCCAAGCUUGUGAUGGGUGCACAAGAAAGUGUUGAUGAUACACCGACAGUAAGGGACAUUAAGACUGCCAUAGCAGAAGAUCUGGGAAAGAGAUAUGUAAAUGAGAGGGAGACACUAUGGAUGGCAUCAACAGUUGAUCCUCAGUUUAAGGACCUGCCCUUCCUGUCUGAAGCAGAGACCAGUGAGACCUAUUCCAGACUGUUGGACACUGUGGUGACUGUGAUAAAGAAGGAAAAAAAUCAGCAAGAGAAUAAGGAGACUGACAAACAGGUGGAGGAAGAGAAUGCCACAGAGGAGGCUCAUCACCCACAUAUCAAAGACAGCUUUGACUCCAUCCCCCGGCCACCCCUAAAGAGACAGAGGACCUCAUGUGCAUUGGUGGACUUGCUUGGAGCUACGUUUGCCUCUACUAGUGACAAUACUGCACCAAAAUCAGAACAUGAUGUUGCUGCAGCUGAGAUCAAGAGGUAUAGAGAUGAGACCCCUUUGCCUCUCACAGGAAAUCCUCUCAGUUGGUGGAAGGACCAUGAACAGGAAUACCCUCACCUAUCCAAAGUAGCAAGGAGUUUCCUAUGCAUUCCUGGAACAAGUGUCUCUGCAGAGAGUUUUCUCCUCUGCAGGAGACAUAGUAAAUGCACAGAGAAGUGUCCUGAGAGCUGACCAUGUCAAUCAGCUUGUAUUCCUGCACAAAAAUCUGGAAAUUGAACAAUAACCACUGAGAAAACACUAAACAUGUAAAAUCUCUGAUAUGAGAAUGUUUGACAUUUUGGUUGAGUCUCAUAAGCACUUUUAUUUAGAUGAGUAAAUUCCUUUUUUCAGGUUGUACUAAAAGUGUUCCAUUGAUGGACACUGCAGAGCUGUACUUUAUUUUAAUAGCACUUUACAUUGUUUGUUAAUGUUUACUUGGAUGGAUUCUUCAAGCAAUUUCAUUUUUGAUCUAUAUUUGUUUAUGUUAAGGUCACAUAAAAAGUGCUUUGUUUUGAUGCUCCAUAGAGCAGUUUUUGGAUAAGUAUUUUACAAUCAUAGUACUUAGAAAGACCUCAGUGUUACAUGUUUACUUUUUUCAUGUUAAAAAAAAUACUUGAUAUUUCAGUAAAGUAGUUUUUGUUUGUUUAUUUGACAUGACUUCUAAUAAGGCAGAUGUUAAUUUCUCCAUUCAUUUUGAACUUAGAGUGUUUUUGUUUCAGAUGUUUCAUGUCAAGCAUUUAACAGUUUGGACUGUUUACUAUGAGUUUUCAUAAUUAAAUUCAGUCCUACUAAACACAAAUAUCAUCUGGCUUUUAGUAUCGCAAUGUAUCGUAUCGUCUACCCUGUAUUAUGAUACAUAUUGUAUCCCCAGAUUCUUGCCAAUACACACCCCUAAUGAACACUGAGAACAGAAACACACAGGCAUAAUCUGAUGGUACGACGCGACACUAAGCACAGGAAAACACAGGGCUAAUAUACACAGGGUGGUAAUCAGGGAAUGGGCAACAGGAGGGAGACACAGCUGGGAGGGAUUGGACUAAUGAGAAAGGGGAAGCAAAGCUGCACACACUAACAUGAGACAUAGACUUUCACAAUAAAACAGAAAACAUGAAUCACUAAACAAAGAUGCAGACACGACACUGAGAGACAGACUAGACACUGAACUAAACCUGCAAUAAACAUGAGAACACAACCAAGGAGCAAAUCCUAAAACAUGAAUAAACAGAAACCUAUAAUUCUCAUAAUGGUCAACAAUGUAAAAGAAUCAAAAUACAAUACAAAAUACAAAAUUAAACCAAGACACGAGAAACUCAAAGUACUGGGUCAAAAUUGACCCAGAACCGUGACAAGAACAACUGCAAUAUAAGGUUAGUCAUUAAUACACUGCUGCAUGGGCUGGGCUGUAGUUACAUCGUAAGGUUUUAAAAACGGAGCUUUAAAAUUAAUAGUGGUGAUAAAAACCGAGAGAAGCCAAC